AUGGCCUCCAGCUACCCCCCUCCUUUCGAGGGCCCGGGGGAGGUGAAGGAGGGCUUCUUGUGCCCACUGUGCCUGAAGGACCUGCAGUCCUUCUAUCAGCUCCAGGACCACUACGAGGAGGAGCAUGCCGGCGAGGACCGCCAUGUCAAGGGCCAGAUAAAAAGCCUAGUGCAGAAGGCCAAGAAAGCCAAGGACAAGCUCCUGAAGCGGGAUGGGGAAGAUCGCACUGAUGGUGGGAGCUACGAGUCCUUUUACUAUGGGGGGGUGGACCCCUACAUGUGGGAGCCCCAAGAACUAGGAGCAACAAGAAGUCAUCUUGACACUUUCAAGAAAUACAGAGCAGCAAGGAUUGACCAUUACGUCAUUGAGGUCAAUAAAUUAAUCAUCAGAUUAGAGAAGCUUACAUCAUUUGACAGAACCGCCACGGAUGCUGCCAAGAUUAGAGCCAUUGAGAAGUCCGUUGUUUCAUGGGUGAGCGACUCCGAUGUGCCAUUUUGCCCAGACUGUGGGAACAAGUUCAACAUUCGCAACCGGCGGCACCACUGCCGUCUCUGUGGGUCCAUCAUGUGCAGGAAGUGCAUGGAGUUUGUGCCCCUCCCCCUGGCACAUAAGCUGACGAGCGGCACCAGGGAGGCGCUGUGUGCCCCGGGCAGCCCGGGCCAGUCCCAGUCCUCGUCAGCAGGGGGCAGCGGACCGGGCUCGCGCCGCGGCAGCAUCAGCAGCCUGAGCAGCGUCAGCUCCAUGCUGGAGGAGAAGGAUGACGACCGUGUGCGCUGCUGCCGCCACUGCAUGGACACCCUGCUGAAGCGGCAGCAGAAGCUGGAGGAGAAGGACCACGUGCCGGACAUCGUCAAGCUCUACGAGAGGCUAAGAACCUGCAUGGAGAAGGUGGACCAGAAGGCCCCAGAGUAUAUAAAAAUGGCUGAGUCUUUGAAUGCUGGAGAGACCACCUACAAUCUAGAACAUGCUGGUGGCUUGAGAAUAGAAGUUCAGAAAUACUAUGAACUGAUUGAUGCACUGAGUAAGAAGAUUCUCACCCUGGGCAUAAAAGACGAUCCCCCACCCCACCCAAAGACUCUACAACUGCAGAAGAUGGUCAGAUACACAGCCACACUUUUUGUACAGGAAAAACUACUAGGAUUGAUGUCGCUGCCAACUAAGGAGAAAUACGAAGAGCUGAAGGAAAAGAGGAAGCAAGAGCAGGAGAAGAGGCUGCAGCAGGAGAGACAGGCUGCGCUGGAGGCACAGAAGAGAAGAUCGGAAAUAGAGAAGUCCCGCUCACUAGCCAACACCAACGGAGAGACCAGCCAGCCCCCCAGACCGACGAUGACUAAAGCCGGCGGCUGGCUGCCCUCCUCCAACGUGCUGCACACCAGCGAGGUCCAGGACCCUCUGCUGCAGCAGAUCGAGAACAUCCAGUCCUUCCUCCAGCAGGCCCGCGCCGCCCGGCGCACCGACGAGGUGGCCAUGCUGGAGGAGAACCUGCGGCAGCUGCAGGACGAGUACGACCAGCAGCAGACCUCGCUGGCCAUCCAGCUGUCCAAGAAGAUGGCGGAGGAGGAGAGCCUCCAGCAGGAGCAGCUGCACCUCCUGCAGGAGAGGGAGGAGCAGCAGAGGGCCACCAUGCACACCCGCACGCGCUCCCUGGAUUUCCGGGAGGCGCAGACCAUCCAGCGUGGGGAAGAGUACGACAGAGGAAGCCUGGGGGCCACCACAGCCAAGAUCAGCCCUCUCUCGAAAACCCAGUCCAUGAAAGCGUUCCACCACCUGCCGAGCCGAGAAGCAACGCCCCCUCAGCAGCGACGGCAGGAGCCGCAGCCUAAUACCGUGGAAGAACAAAACAGCACCCCAGCUACCUCCCUAAAUCCCUUCGAGGAAAGUGACUCCACCCCCAUCGAGGAUGAUCCCUUUAACCCCUUCGCAGAAGAGAUACUGAAAGAGAACUCUCAGAAAGACGUGUCCAACGGCAAAAAGGAGUACAACCCCUUUGAAGAUGAAGAGGAAGGGGAGGUGGAGGAGGAGUGCACGACAGGCCAAGGAGAGGUCGCAGGGACUGGCAACCCUUUCGAGGAUGAUGAGGACGCAGGCAACCCUUUCAUUGAGACUUCCAACGCCACAGCGUCGGCCACCCCCCCGGGGGCCUCCACCAACCCUUUUGAGGAGGACGAUGGCCCCACGGACGAGGACAUCAUCGAGGAGGAGCUGCUGCUCCAGCAGAUCGAUAACAUUCGGGCGUACAUCUUCGACGCCAAGCUCAGCGGCCGCACGGACGAGGUGGAGCUGCUCUCCGAGAACCUGCGGGAACUACAGCGCACCCUUCAGGAGCAGAGGAAAAAGACACAAUGAUUGUAUGUGAUAACACUUUUAUGGACAGUUGCUUUUGGCUUGAUUGUUUCUUGUUGUUACCUGUAUUGGAAUUUACAGAAAAACAUGUACUGUAGUUGUCAUUAAGAGCAAGUGCUGGUCUUUCAGAUUUAGAUGUUUUCACAGAGAAGCACAAUACUGGUAGGAGUAAAUGUUAUCUCCUGUUCCACACAGUCACAGGAAGAGGAAAUGAAGCUUGUAAAGUCCUGUGAUGUGUCAAGUAUUGGUGGAAAGCCUUAUGUAUGAGCUGCAGUGUCUUGCCCAGCUUCAGUCCUGUGAAUAGACAACUACUUCAUACAACAAGCCCUAUGUUAUCUGAUGGACAUCGAGCCAUUGACUGAACAAAUGUAGUGUGUUAUGGCAUUUUUUUCUGCAUUACAAGAACAAGUUCAAAGGCUUAGGAGAAACAAACAAGCCUUGUUAAAAAUGCUUGCCAGUUGCACUUAAAAAUAGAAUCCAGUCCUUAUUUUAUGACUGCUGGGGGUUUACAGAUCAUUUAUUUCACGUGAAUGAUUAUAUCAGAAAUCAGCAGAAACAUUGAGGUCAUUCACCCUUUGGGACUUCCCACAAUUCUCCCCCACCAGUGCUGACUCCACAGCAUACGCCACAAAGUGGAACAGCUGAACUCCUGCGGCUGCUGAGUACCACCAUGAGACUGCAGUUCAGUCUGGCUUCUUGAAUAGCUUCUGCAUGCGUGACUGACAGUGGAUGUCAGCCAGAUUCUCAAUGUUCCAAGAGGUUGCAUCCGUAUUCUGUGUGAUGCCACCCUGCUAUAUUGAAGUGUCACCUGGUACAGAACAGCUCCGUCUGACCGACGUGCAUCUCCCCUUCCUCCUGAAUGCACCCCAAAAGAGUCAAUCUUGGCCAUUACCACUUUUUUUGUCAAAUAAGACAUGCAGGAGGGAAGAGCAUGACCUGUCUUUUGAAGCAAGUAAUCAUCUCUUGAAAGUACCUAACACGAAAAUACUAAUUUAUACAACACUUAUUUGCUUUAAACUGACAUUUUAUUGUUCUAUUGCUUCCAUUUAAAGACGUCCAGUUUAAAGUGGCAAAGUGACUUAUUGCUGAUUGACUUUUCUGAAGGAAGCAGCCAUGGACAAAUAUAAACAUGCAGCCAACUGGGUGAUUGUCAGGCCUAGUUUAUGGAACUACCUGGCUUAACAGCUACAAUAAAUUCAGUUUGCCCUAUGAGCAGCUAACUAACUAUGCACUUUUUAGAGGUCUGCUUUAAUCCUGUCCUGUCAGCUGUUUAAUAAAGGGAAUGUGAGGUCCGUUAAGGUCAUUAUUAUAUUGGAUAGUAGUUCCAGUUGACAUUUUACAGUUAGCUAUCAGAAUGUCUAGAUGUAUUAGAGAUAAAUGCACAUUAAUUUAAAUAUUUUCCCAAAAGGAACAGCCACGUGAAAUGGAAAAUGAAACCC